AUGGAUAAGAACAAGAGCAAAAGAGGUGGUAAAAACGGGAGAGGAGGUGGAACUAAUAAUACUCGAGGAGGUGGAAGAGGUAGUAGUGAUGGGAGACCUGCAGGGGAUCAUAGUCAAAGAAAUGGAAAAUAUGAGGAUAUAUAUCAACCUGGCAAAUCGAGAGAGACCGCAGGAAUGGGAAGAGACUUUGCAUCAAGAGGAAGAGGCAAUUUAUCAAGAGGAGGAAGAGGAGGUUUGCCGAGAGGAAGGGGAGGAUCACCGAGAGGAAGAGGUGGCAGAGGAGGGUCACCAAGAGGUGGAGGUACAAGUAUGAGGCUGAGGUCACCACCACCAGGCUAUUCUUCUCAACGCAAUGCGUUUUCUUCAUCAAAGCGAGGUGGCUCAUCACCUUCAGGGUUCCCGGCUAGAGGACGAGGCGGAAUAGGAGGUGCAAGAGGUUCUUCAGGUCAACGGCCCCUGGAAUUUGGUGGUGGACGUCAAUUCAGCGGCCCAAAAUCAGAAAAGCAAGUUUAUCAUGCAUUUUAUGAGUACCUCGAUUUGACACAACUUCGAAAAGUUUUAACUGAUUAUGUGAGCGCAGUAGAAGAAAUCUUUGAAAAAAAUCAGAUUCGGUUCAAUCAAUCUAACGUCACAGAGAAUUUCCAAAGUUAUAUCAAUCAAGAGGUCUUCACUGGUGGGUUCCCAUUUGAAGGGUUCAGAGAAAUUCUUGCGCGGUUCUUAUACAAGUCCAUGUCAAAGCUGAAAAAGAAGAAAGUGUUUGACCAUUUGGAAGAACCACUGGUGGAUAUAAAAAAAGUGAAUAUUGUCACCCCUCAUGGCUUUGAGCUUCGAAAUUUAAUUCACAGAGUUUCAAAUAUAAGACCUGAUCUAAUUCGCAAUUAUGUUGCUAAAAGCUUUAUCCAAAAACAAAAACCAGGUAGAGUUGCAAUGGCUUCAAGGAUGAGCAUCAAUAAAGACGUCUUUAGUCCAUCAGAAUUUGGAGGAGGUAAGGCUUCCAAUAGGAAAAGAUCAUUGGCGUCCCUUGAUACCGGGGAUCAUCUGCCCAAUAGAGAAGGAGAUAUGUUUUCCGAUCGAUACCAUAUGCUGAAUACACCAGCUGAUCAAAGAAGGAAAUCUCCUAGAAUAGUGCCUGAUGAGAUCAUUCAUGAUCCAAUAAAUAUCAAACCACCAAAGAAGGUGGGAUAUCCUGUUAUCAGCUUUGAUGAUUCUUUUUCGUUCUUGGUCAAAGAAUUUGAUUUCAAGCAUGCUGAGGAUACAAAACUUGAGGAGUUCUUUAUUGCUCUACGGAAGCGAAUCGAAAUAAUUAAGUCAGAUACUGAGAAAUUCAGGGUUAACCAAGAUUUCCAAGGUGCAUACUUUGGUAACUUAGAGCCGGAUCCCGAUUUUUCGAGCCAUGACUUUGUCAAGCUCGACAGCACUGGAUCUUACAGAGGAUUCACUGAAACAGAAAGAGAAGAUUUGUACGCGAUUCCAAAAACCCUGAGAGAAAGUAUAAACUUUGAUGAUGACGAAAACGCUAAGAAAAAAGUGUUUGAAGAAUAUUUCAAAGAUGGGUAUCUUGAGUCGCAACUCCAGAUAGGAGAUAAGAAUCUUGAAUCUAUAAAAAAGGCAUUAUGUUUGGGUUCUAGCUUAUACUGGACCUGCAAGAGCUUGUCUUUGUUCAAUCCUAAUUUCUGUUUUAGUCCGAUAAUGGGCUCUUUAUUGAAAAAUUCUUUCAGAUUUACCAGUAGUAAGAAUAUCGUUACCUUCUAUUCCCCUGUUGUGAACUUGGUUAGGUCGGUUUUGAAAAACUCAAAUAUUUUGAGGUAUCUUGAAAGCAAGCAAUAUAGAAAAGAGUUUUAUUUCAAAUCUAAAAUCUAUCAAGAGGCUGUUUCUAAGGAAUUUGAAGAUACUAUUUAUCUUUAUUUUAACAUAUAUGCAAAAGAACUAAAAAGUGGGAUGCCUGGUGCAAAAAACUGCUGUUUACUUCAUUCUAUCAUCAAUCUUCCACCCGAGGUGCGUAUGUCUAGUAAAUUCAAAAUCGUGAAUUGUGUCACUCAAAAGUUUAGAGAAAUGUUGGACUUUAGCUUGUUGGAAAUUGCCGUAUUUAAUGAUCAAAUGGAAAACAAUUGGCUUAUUGAUGGUCAAAAAAUCCGUCUAGUUCCAAUUAUCAGUACCAGUGACCAGACGACUCAAGAUUUGAUGUUCUCAACAACCAAGAAACAGUGCAAAAUUUGCGAUAGUUUUAUUGAUGGGGAUAUUUCUUGCACACCAUAUCCAAGUGAUGAAGUUCAGGAAUCCUCAGACUUUACUCCGACUACUUCAAAAUUGAAAAAUCAUUUCACUAAUAAAUGGCAAGCUAUCACUGAUCCACUCGUUCUAAAGAUCAAUCAGUUCAAUGUUCUUUUCAAUUUUCUCCUGUCAGCAUUAGAUAAUGAGGGUAAGAAAUUGAUCAAUGAUAUUGCGAAGUCAAUUGUGUGUCCCGUUGAGUAUUUAUAUCCGGAAGAUAGUACAAGACCUCGGAAGAUCCUUGGCAAUAUUUUGCCUCCAACUAACUUAAAAGGGCAAGAUUAUGAUCUUGCAAUUGCUAUUUUACCCAUAAUAGUGUUUGAAUUGAAGGAUUUGGUGAAUGAUGAAAUCAAGGCGAUUUUAUUGAUGUUUUUCGAGUUUCAAAUGAUUUUAAAAAAAGACCGUUAUAGAAAGUCAGAGCGUCUUUACGUUUUGAAUUUCCCACAUAUGUUUUUUGAAACACUACGAAAAGGUCUUCCUGCUAACAAUCCUCAAAACAAAGGUUUUUACUCGACUUCGUUUCAUACUUGUUAUCAUAUUGCAGAACUAGUGCAAUCUAUUGGGCCAUUAGCAGUUUACGAGGACCAAGGUGUUUAUGAAGAAAUCAAUUUUGUCCACCAGUUGCUCAUUUCAAGCCGCUUCUUGCCACAGGUAUAUAACUAUAAAUUGGCCACCUACAAUAAUUUAAAGCAUCACGAUAUUAUAAAUUGGGAAUCGCCCGCUAGCUCAGCCAAAUUACUGAAAAGUUUCUUCGUUACCGCUGGAGAGCAUUUAUUGGAAAUAAAAAACUAUGAGACAGAUGGUAAAUUGACUGGCAAUAUCAUUGAUCCAUCAAAAUACACCCUUUUCAGUGGCUGCUCGUCAGAUGAAAAAACCAAACAAAUUUUGUACGCCACCAUUGAUUCUUCUCAGGAAUACCAUCUCAAUCAAAUAACCAUUCUGUCAGCCGGAGUUGGUAGUGUUUUUUACAGUUCUGACUUUAUUAAAAAGGAUGCCGGGAAGUAUGGUAAUUAUUUCAGCAGCACGCAAAAGUUAAUGUUGAUUAGAUGUGUCUAG